CAACCAGAUCAAACCAUGACUAUCAUCCUGAAUGAUUUAUUUAAUUACACUGAUUUGUGGCAGUUGUUUGAGGAUGAGUUUGCAAAUUUCACCGGCACGCCACCCACAGAAGAAUAUCAUUAUAGUCCCUGUAAGAUGGACACUGAGACACUCAACAAGUAUGCUGUGGUCAUCAUCUAUGCCCUGGUCUUCCUGCUGAGCCUCCUGGGAAACUCCCUGGUGAUGCUAGUCAUCUUAUACAGCCGGGUGGGCCGCUCUGUCACCGAUGUCUACCUGCUGAACCUGGCCAUGGCUGACCUGCUCUUCGCCCUGACCUUGCCUAUCUGGGCCACCUCCAAGGCAAAGGGCUGGAUCUUUGGCACACCCCUGUGCAAGGUGGUCUCACUCCUGAAGGAAGUCAACUUCUACAGUGGUAUUCUACUGCUGGCCUGCAUCAGCAUGGACCGCUACCUGGCCAUUGUCCAUGCCACACGCACGUUGACCCACAAGCGGCACUGGGUCAAGUUCAUAUGUUUAGGCAUCUGGGUCCUGUCCUUGAUCCUGGCCCUGCCCAUCUUCGUCUUCCGUGAGGCUUAUCAACCACCCUACUCCAGCCCAGUCUGCUACGAGGACAUGGGUGCCAAUACGACAAAAUGGCGGAUGGUGAUGCGGGUCCUGCCCCAGACCUUUGGCUUCCUCCUGCCCCUGCUGGUCAUGCUGAUCUGCUACGGACUCACCCUGCGCACGCUCUUUGCGGCCCACAUGGGGCAGAAGCACCGGGCCAUGCGGGUCAUCUUUGCUGUCGUGCUCGUCUUCCUGCUCUGCUGGCUGCCCUAUAACCUGGUCCUGGUUGCAGACACCCUCAUGAGGGUCCGGGUGAUCGCAGAGACCUGUGAGCGCCGCAAUGACAUUGGCCGGGCCCUGGAUGCCACCGAGAUCCUGGGCUUCCUCCACAGCUGCCUCAAUCCUCUCAUCUACGUCUUCAUUGGCCAGAAGUUUCGCCAUGGACUCCUCAGGAUCAUGGCCAUCCAUGGCCUGGUCAGCAAGGAGUUCCUGGUCAAGGACGGCAGGCCUUCCUUUGUUGGCUCUUCUUCAGGGAACACUUCUACUACCCUCUGA